UAGUUAUACCCUCUAGCUGUAAGUAAGAAACGAGGUUUUUUUUUAAUUGAAAAAAUUGAGGAAAUAAAAACUUGUUGAGUAAUGGGAAAGAAGAAGAAUGCUCCAAAUGGUUUGGGGAAAGCUAUGAUUAAGGAUCGAUUUAGUAAAAAUAAGAGGUCAAACCAAUCUUUUCUUCACACUAGCGAGUUGAAUGAUGGAUAUGAUUGGGGAAGAUUAAAUUUGCAGUCUGUUACUGAACAAAGUAAUCUAGAAGAAUUUCUAGCCACUGCCGAACUAGCAGGCACAGAAUUUACAGCAGAAAAACUUAAUAUUAAAUUCGUUCAUCCGGACUUAAAUGUUGGUUUAUUAACUGAAGAAGAGCAAGAAAAGGUAGAUGAUGCUCAGAAAGAAAAUAAAACUUUUCUCAAAAUUCCAAGAAGACCGAAAUGGAAUGAACAUACGACAAGUGAAGAGUUAGAUAGAAAUGAGAAAGAUGCAUUUCUUGAAUGGAGGCAGCAACUAGCACAACUUGAGGAAAAAGAGCACGUUCUUCUUACACCUUUUGAAAGGAAUUUGGAAUUUUGGCGUCAAUUGUGGAGAGUAAUUGAAAGAAGUGAUGUGGUUGUACAAAUUGUUGAUGCGAGAAAUCCCUUGCUAUUUUGGAGUGACGAUCUUAGUAAAUAUGUUAAGGAAGUAUCCGAGAAUAAAAUUAACGUUAUGCUCAUAAAUAAAGCUGAUCUAUUAAACGAGAAUCAAAGAAAAAAAUGGGUCGAAUAUUUGAAGGAUAAAAUGGAAUAUGUACUAUUUUGGUCUGCUAGUCUAGAGGAGGAGAGAUUGAAAGCAAAUGCAAAAGAAGACGCUUCUGAAAAUGAGGAACAUGAAAACAAUGAAGACGAGGUUGAUGAUGAUGAUGAGAACGACAGUGAAGAGAGUGAGGAAGAUGACAAUACAGAUGUAAGAGAAAAACAGGAGGAUGAUUGUGUUCAAGAACCGCCACGGAUUGAAGAAAAGAUUGUUGAUAGAGCAGAUGAUGUCACUGUUGAAAUUAACGAUUGGGAUAUUCUAAAUGGCGAUCAGUUAGUCGAUAAAUUACGAGAUAUACAUUCUGGGGAUAAAAUAAAAGAGGGAGUAACCACUAUUGGAUUGGUGGGAUAUCCAAACGUGGGGAAAAGUUCAACUAUAAAUGCCUUAAUGAAAACAAAGAAAGUACCUGUAUCGUCUACGCCUGGACGAACAAAACAUUUUCAAACUUUAUAUCUUGAGGAAGAUAUUCUGCUUUGUGAUUGUCCCGGUUUAGUGACACCUAGUUUUGUUAGCACUAAAGCUGAAAUGGUAAUUUGUGGCAUACUUCCGAUUGAUCAAAUGAGAGAUUAUCUAGCCCCAGUUUCAUUACUUUGCCAGCACAUUCCUAGAGAAGUCUUGGAAAAUACCUACGGUAUUAUCCUUCCAAAGCCUGGUGAAGGUGAUGAUCCAAACCGUCGGCCAACUGCUGUAGAACUACUUACUGCAUAUGGAUAUAUGAGGGGUUUUAUGUCCCAUAAAGGAAUACCAGAUAUGCCAAGAUCAUCCAGGUUAAUCUUAAAGGAUUAUGUAAAUGGAAAGUUACUACACUGCUAUCCACCACCAGGAAUUCUAGUAACAGAUUUUAAUACAUACGAUCUUUCAACCUGUUUCAAGAAAACCGAUCAAACUAUUAAAGCAGUUCGCGCAACUCAAAAAAUAUUAGGAGGCAAACCGUCAAAUAUCGAUUCUGAUUUUUUCGAUAAGAAGGAGAGCCGAGUAGGGUCUAAAGGUGUCAAAGGAGUAAUUAAUUAUACUAGAAGAGAUGGCUACUCGCAACAUCAUUCUAGAGGAGCAUCAUCCGUAAAUAGCAGCAUGGCUUCGGGCAUUAAUGAUAAACCAUGGAAAAAGCAUGGAAAUAAAAAGAAAAAAGAAAAAUUACGAAGAUUACAUAACGAAUUAGACAAUUGA